GAAAAUAAAAUGUGAAAUGCUGAUUUGAAGAUGUAAGGGGCCAGUUAAAGUGCCGUCCGUCGCCACUAACACUUGGCGGCGGUGUUGUUGUUAGUUGCAGCAGACUGCGCAUGCUCGGUGCGAUGUAAACACUGGUUAGGCCGCCGUCUGUCUGCGCUCUGCAGCCGCUGCAGACUUCAGUGUGUACACGUAUUAAACGGUUGCAUGGGCUGCACCCGGAGACUCAAUGGGAACUAGCUAGCUAACUCAGCUCUGGCUAACGUUCAAACUGGAAACAACAGCCAUGCUAACUCGGAAAAUAUAGCUUCAUGUAUUCGGACAAAGCGAUCGGAGAGCAGGCUUUUUCUUAUAACCGGCGGACUUUACUCUCGUGCAUGGGAAGCAGACGACGUUUGCUGCGGCUGGUUAAAAACGCUUCAAGCUCACAACAGCAGCGAGCCAUAAAAGGAGUCUCCAGUGUCCAAAGCAUCCGUCCUCAGUUUACUGCCUGGAAAGCAACAUGUUUCUGAGAGCUGGGGACACGGUGGCGACAGACAAAGUUGCUGGUAAGCUGAGUUCUACUCUCUCAUGGGUGAAGAACUCGGUGUCCCACACGGUCAGUCAGAUGGCUAGCCAGGUGGCCACGCCCACGUCCCUGCAGACCACCACCACCUCCUCUUCUACGUCUUUGUCCUCGCCCGCUCUCUCUCCAUCCUCGCCGGCGCAGCUCAGUCCCGACGAUGUGGAGCUGCUUGCCAAACUCGAGGAGCAGAACAGGCUGCUGGAGACGGACAGCAAGUCGCUGCGCUCCAUGAAUGGCUCCAGGAGAAACAGUGGCUCCUCCCUGGUGUCCAGCUCCUCUGCCUCCUCCAACCUCUCCCACCUCGAGGAGGACUCAUGGAUCCUGUGGGGACGAAUCGUCAAUGAGUGGGAGGAGGUGCGCAAGAAGAAAGAGAAGCAGCUCAAGGACCUCGUCAGAAAAGGGAUCCCUCACCACUUUCGGGCGAUAGUGUGGCAGCUGUUGUGCAACGCCCAGAACAUGCCCAUCAAGGAUCAAUACUCCGAACUCCUGAAGAUGACGUCGCCCUGCGAGAAGCUGAUUCGCAGAGACAUCGCCCGCACUUAUCCCGAACACGAAUUCUUCAAGGAGAAAGACAGCUUGGGUCAGGAAGUGCUCUUCAAUGUCAUGAAGGCAUAUUCACUGGUCGACCGGGAGGUUGGCUAUUGUCAAGGGAGCGCGUUCAUUGUAGGACUGCUUCUCAUGCAGAUGCCAGAAGAGGAAGCGUUCUGUGUGUUUGUGAAGUUAAUGCAAGACUACAGAUUACGAGAGCUCUUCAAACCCAGUAUGGCUGAACUGGGACUCUGCAUGUACCAGUUUGAGUCUAUGAUCCAGGAGCAUCUCCCAGAGCUGCAUAUGCAUUUCCAGGCUCAGAGCUUUCACACCUCCAUGUACGCCUCCUCCUGGUUCCUCACCAUCUUCCUCACCUCCUUCCCUCUGCCCGUCGCCACGAGGAUCUUUGACAUCUUCAUGUGUGAGGGUCUGGAGAUCGUUUUCCGUGUGGGACUGGCCAUCCUUCAGAUGAACCAGACUGAACUCAUCCAGCUCGACAUGGAGGGAAUGUUACAGCACUUUCAGAAGGUCAUCCCGCACCAGCUCGACAGUGGACCGGAUAAGGUCAUCCAGGCUGCCUAUCAAGUUAAAUACAAUGCGAAGAAGAUGAAAAAGUUAGAGAAAGACUACACUACAAUCAAAACGAAAGAAAUGGAGGAGCAGGUGGAAAUCAAGAGGCUGCGGACAGAGAACAGGCUGCUGAAGCAGAGGAUAGACACACUAGAGAAAGAAAGUGCUUCCUUGGCAGAUAGAUUGAUCCAGGGACAAGUGACUCGAGCUCAGGAGGCAGAGGAGAACUACCUGGUCAAGCGGGAGUUGGCCACAGUCAAACAGCAGAGCGAGGAGGCCAGUGCUCAGCUGGAGCAGGCCAAGACAACCAUCAGGCAGCUCCAGCAGCAGCAGCAGCCGCCGCAAGUGAAGGGAGCCCCUCGGUACUCGGAGGAGUCCGUCCUGCAGCUGGAGAGAGAGCUCGUGCAGGCCCGGCUGAAGGAGGCGGAGUCUCAGUGCGCUCUCAAGGAGAUGCAAGACAAGAUCCUGGAUAUGGAAAAGAGGAACACGUCGCUACCAGACGACACCAAUGUGGCGCGUCUUCAGGAGGAGCUGAUAGGGGUGAAGCUGAGGGAGGCGGAGGCUCUGACGGGCCUGAAAGAGCUGAGGCAGCAGGUCAGAGACCUGGAGGAGCACUGGCAGCGUCACUUGGCACGCACCGCUGGUCGCUGGAAGGACAGCCCGAGGAAGAACACCACGAGCGAGCUGCAGGACGAGCUGAUGAGUGUGAGGCUGCGUGAGGCUGAGGCGCAGGCAGAGCUGCGGGAGACACGGCAGAGGAUGCUGGAGCUGGAGACACAGAAUCAGAUUCACAGUAACCAGCUGCGACGGGCGGAGCAGGAGAGCCGCUGUCUCCAGGAGUGCGUGCAAACACUGACGGUGCAAAAUAAAGACCUGCAUGCGCAACUGCAAGAGAUCAAGCGGAGACAGGCUGAGAUUGAAUGCAAGAGUAAGGAGGAGGUGAUGGCAGUCAGGCUGCGGGAAGCUGACAACAUCGCUGCUAUGGCUGAACUCCAGCAGCAGAUCUCAGAGCUUGAGAUUCAGAAGGAAGAAGGAAAGGUCCAAGGCCAGCUGAACCACACAGACUCGAGCCAGUACAUCAACGACCUCAAAGACCAGAUAGCCGAGCUCAAACAGGAGAUUUGCUGCUUAAAAGGACAGAGGGGAUUGGCCAAUCAGCCCACUUUUGAUGGGAUCCACAUCAUUAAUCAUUAUGCGGGGGAUGAUGGGUCUUACCAGUCUUCAGAUGAAGAUGGAGUCAAGGGCCCCUCCCUCCAGGACACCCAGCAGAGGAGCGGGGGCCGAAUCAGACUGCGCCCCAACCUAGGGGACACCGACAGCGAGGAGGACGACGACGAGGAGGCCCUGCGACUCUCUGUGCCUCAGAGCGGCAGCCAGAAGUCCACCACGGUGUGACGAGGACAGGUGCUGUCAGCACUCACUGAGGGGGAGGCGGAGAGGGAGGAGGUGGAGGAGGAGACGGUGAAGGAGGUGUUUCCUGCAACCAUUUCAGGGGAGACGUCUGGAUCUGCAGUUUCAGAAAGGAAACGCAUCAUCAUUUCAUAUCAUGAGAAACACACUUACAGAUUUAGUUGAUUUAGUUUACCUCCAUUUUUGUAGUUUUUCUUCCUGAGGGCAGCAAAUGCCACUGAGAGAAGCAGAUCUUCAGCGUGGAGCUCAGCGGAGAACGCAGCGGAUCAAACUCGACGGGGCCGCAGUGGGGAGGGUGAGAGGGGGCCAACCGCCCCUGUAGGUACAACACAGAGAAAGAGACUGUGCAAUAAAACAUUUUAUGCUAUAUUACACACUUCAUUCAACAUGUUUUUAUACUUUUAAAGCAUUUUAUAAAUGAACAUCAAACAUGUAUUGAUGCCGUUACUACUAAGUGUCCAUCGUGCAGAAGCAGAAUUGUAUAAGUGCUGUGUGUGUGUGUAUAUAUAUCUAUUGUCUUGAGCUCGCUCAGCGGCCCGCGUCUCAUCAGCCGGCGCUGGCUUGUUGACUUUUUGGCCUUAGCACAUGCGGCAUGCCUUUCACCGGGGCCGGUGAACCACGAGGUCAGUGUGACAUCUGCAUUACUUGUAGAUAUGUAAAUGUGUAUUAUGUUUUUCAAUUCCUUUUGAACUUGAAAAUAUGUAUCUAUUGCAUAUCCGAUGUUUAGAAUAUAUUGUAAAAUUGAGAAAAAAAGGGACAUAUAAGUUAGUCUAAUAUGGUAACACAUAUGACAAAUCCUGUUUUUGAGAUGACUUCCUGCUAAGAGAAGAAAAGCUGCUCAUUAGAGGACUUCAACACGCAGCUUCAGAGCAGUUUGUUAAAAUCAGUGCAGUUUUUUGUAACACUUGUACUGACUUCUCUGAAACCUCACUUUCAGAAUUAGCCCCCGCAGUUAGCAGAACCAGCACGCAGAAAACUUGCUGACGAGUCAAACGUGUCUAUCAGAGGUUUUGUGUAUCACAAAUUUGAACGGAAGCGGUCCUGUGGAAACUCAAACUGGGAGAUUAAACUGAGACAGUAAAUUUUAGAAACACUCUGGGGAGGAAUCAGGAGUUGUCAAGUGUUACCAAAGUGAGCAUCCACGGGCCACAUCCACUCCAUUUCACGCACGAGGACCUGGAUGUCUAAGAAUUUCUCUGAAUGUCUGUAUUGAACACUAACUCCUGUAUUCAGUGAAAGACGAGGCAGAAGUGAAUGCAACGGUCGCGUCCAGGAAAAAAAAAGAUUGACUUUGUCCCUUUGAUGAACAAGUGUUGUUUGACGGGAGAGGAACACGUUAUGGCACUUUUUGAGUCUGUGGUGCAGUAAGGACACACAUGGCAACACUAUGGAGCAGUCGGCACACUCUGGAGACUAAAUGAGAUUGGUGUGUGUGUAUGUGUGUGUGUGUGUGUGUGUGAGUCACAAUAAAACGUUUGAUAAACUCCUUACUGAAA